AUGAAGAAGGUGGUUGGAAAUGAAAUUUAUCUUGUCAGUUCUGCACUAAUCACGGUGCCAACAAUAGGAUCGCUUCUUUUUCUUAGAAGUUCUGGCUAUCAGUGGCAUUUGGAUCGAUGGCUGGAUGCAGCUUUUAUUUGCUUGCUUGAUACAGUGUUGCUGCAGGUGAUUUUAGUUGCGAUAGGCAUACUGAAUGAAUAUCCAAAACGUGGUGGAUCUGGGCGAAAUCCGGGGGUGAUCCUAAUGUUUGCAACAUCGGUGGCAGCGCUUUUAUCGGCGAUAUUUUUUGUUUUAUCCUUAAGACCAUACGAACGUGUUGUAAAUGGUUCACUGUGUGAACCAUAUAUGGCGACUGCAACGGUUAGUCGAUAA